AACGUCAACGUCAACCACGUCAUUCGGUGGCGUCCGUCCGUCCGCGUCAGCUCGAGCUGGGCCAAGAUGGCGCCGCUGGCGGGAGAGCGGCUGAGCCUCCGGCAUAUUCUCGUGACCUGGGUGACCCUCUGCGUUGCUCUGGUCGAAGCUGUGGACAGAAGCAACUUUAAAACAUGCGAACUGAGUUCCUUCUGCAAGAGACAGAGGAACGUUAAACCAGAGCAUUCCCCGUACCGAGCGCUGCUGAACUCCUUGGAGGUGACUGAGAAAAGCAUCAAGUUGCAACUGAUUAAUGAAGUCAACAAGGUUCCUCUACUGCUUGAAGUGUAUGGUCUGCAAGGCAACAUGACCAGGAUCAAAAUCAACGAGCUGAUUCCAUUGAAACCCAGAUUUGAAGUCCCCGACGUAUUAAUACAAGAUCCACCAACUGUGCCCCUGACGGUGAUCGGGAAGGACGAGAGCAGCCUGGAGCUGGGCCUGGGCCUGUACAAGCUGAUCGUCACCGCCAAACCCUUCCGCAUGGACAUCACCACGGGCAACGAGCUGCUGCUCAGCAUCAACCCGCGAGGACUCAUGGUGUUCGAGCACUUGCGCAAGAGGAAGGACUCUGAGAAGAAGGACGAGAGUGCGGAGAGCGAGGAGGUGAAGACGGAGCAGGAGCCCGGAGACGGAGAUGGAGAUGGGGGAGCGGACUCGCUGGAGAAGCCUGAAGACACGGACGGGCAGAAGGAGAGCGAGGAGGUGGAGGACGAGGCUGGAAUGUGGGAUGAGACGUUUAAAUCUCACACAGACUCCAAACCCAACGGUCCAUCGUCGGUCGGCCUGGACUUCUCCCUGCCCGGCUUUGAGCAUGUGUACGGCAUCCCCGAGCACGCCGACAGCCUGAAGCUCAAAACCACAGAGGGGGGUGACCCGUACCGCUUGUACAACCUGGACGUGUUCCAGUACGAGAUUGCCAACCCCAUGGCACUGUACGGGUCGGUGCCGGUGAUGCUGGCCCACAACGCCCGACGCACACUGGGGAUGUUCUGGCUCAACGCUGCCGAGACCUGGAUCGACAUCAGCUCCAACACCGCCGGCAAGACCUUGUUCGGGAAGAUGCUGGAUUACGUGCAGGGAGCGAACGAGAUCCCCCAGACGGACGUGCGGUGGAUGUCCGAGAGCGGGAUCAUCGACGUGUUCGUGAUGCUCGGCCCCUCUCCCUUUGACGUCUUCAAGCAGUACACCUCGCUCACGGGCACGCAGGCCCUGCCGCCGCUCUUCGCCAUCGCCUACCACCAGUCGCGCUGGAACUACAACGAUGAGAGCGACGUGCAGGCAGUGGACGCCGGCUUCGACCAGCACGACAUCCCCUACGACGUCAUCUGGCUGGACAUCGAGCAUACCGACGGCAAGAGAUACUUCACCUGGGAUCCCAACAAGUUCCCCAGCCCCAGGGACAUGCUGCAGAACCUGGCCUCCAAGAAGCGCAAGAUGGUCAGCAUUGUGGACCCACACAUCAAGAUCGACAGCGGCUACAAGAUCCACACCGCCCUGCAGUCUAAAAACCUCUACGUCAAGACCAAAGACGGCAGUGAUUACGAGGGCUGGUGUUGGCCAGGCUCCGCUGGUUACCCCGACUUCACCAACCCCGAGAUGCGCUCGUGGUGGGCCAGCAUGUUCGCCUACGAUCAGUACGAGGGCUCGAUGGAGAACCUGUACACGUGGAACGAUAUGAAUGAGCCGUCCGUCUUCAAUGGGCCGGAGGUGACCAUGCACAAGGACACGGUGCAUAUGGACGGCUGGGAGCACAGGGACCUGCACAACCUCUACGCCUUUUAUGUGCAAAUGGCGACAGCAGAGGGCCAGAUCCAGCGCUCUGGAGGCACUGAGCGGCCGUUUGUCCUCACCAGAGGCUUCUUCUCUGGAUCCCAGCGUUACGGUGCGGUGUGGACAGGGGACAACUCUGCUGAGUGGGACCACCUGAAGAUAUCAGUGCCCAUGUGCCUGUCCAUGGGGCUGACUGGGCAUCUCCUUCUGUGGAG